AGCAGCCGCAGUAGUGCUCGGUCGGUUGGGUUAAAUACCCGGGUCGCGCAAAUAGAAUAUUAUUUUUUUCAUCAAAACAAAGAGUGAUUAGAAUUUCAAGAUUGUGAUUUUUUUAUAUAUCAAAAUGAUGUUCAAUUAGUAGCUAUAGUAUCGUGCAAACGGACGGUGGUCGUUUGCGUCGUGGGCGGUGCCGGCAAGAGGCGUCAAAGUCAUCGGAGUGUAAAGCACAGAAAUUUCUUGUUUGUCGUCUGCUGAUGGGAUUUGUAGUGUUUAUGCUGCCGCCCAAUCCGCAGAUAGUGAUAGAUAGAUGGGUCGUCGGUGUCUGGGGUGAUGUGAGUACCCUCCCGUUUAGAUUGUUUGAAAAUGCCAAAAUCGAUGAAUGGCUAGAUGUGUCGUCCGCGCUGCUGAUAACAACAGAAGCACUGAAGUUGCCUUUCUGUUCCGUAUAGAAUAUUGGCGUAAUCUCUUGAAAAAGGCAUAAAUUGGUGUUAUCAGUGUCCUGGUUUGGUGUUAUUCUAAGCAAAAAGUGAACCUACGGGUUUGGCGUUUUUGUGGCUGUAGCUUGUGUUUUACGACCGCGAACGUGUGUCCAGAAAAUACUAUCAGGGCGGAAACCGUCAGCUGCUGGGGCACCCACGGUGGUCGUGAAUGGGGGCGUGAUAAAAAAAAGUGCUUAUUUCUCACACAUUGUACAAACAGGUGCAAGGCAAACACCGAAAAAGUCAAAUAUCGUAACAAGUUUUGGUUUUUGGUGAAGAAAUUCGUCGAACCGCCACAACUAUGGAUCUGACGAGCCUGUUUCUAUUCUUUCUGAUGUCGUGCUUGAUUGGCGCCGUGCUGAUGCUGCUGAUUCAGUACUAUGCCUUUGUGCGAUACUUCCACCUACCGGAGCUGGGCCACGAACAGGAGGAGUACCGAAAGUCGGCCUACAGCGAACCAUACGUGCUACCAGAUACGCUUCUGGCCAACAUCAAAGCACCGGACGCCGAGAGCAAAUCAACCAUCAUGGCCAUCAACUUGAUUCUGCAGUUUCUGUACUUUGAACUGCGGCACUCGAACCGGGUCCGCAAGUGGUUCCACCGGAAGCUUUCGCUCGAACUGGAUGAACUGAUUAGCAAAACAACCACUGGGAAACUGUUCGACAAACUUUCGAUUCGAGACCUGGACUUGGGAAGUCAGUUCCCCGAGAUUAAGAACUUUCGGCUGCACAAUGUGGAGCUUCAUCCGGACGAAGGCCACAUUGAAAGCUUGGAUGUGCUGCUGGAUCUGCACUACGUGGGCCACUUUAGGCUGUCAAUCGAUGCCGACAUGGUGUUGGGGAAGAAGGGAUCACUAUCGGUGAAAGUGAAACAAGUUUCCGGAAUCGCACGACUGCAGUUCACCCGUAGACCGUACACCCAUUGGUCGUUGAGCUUCGUUGGUGAUCCGACGGUCGAUUUGGAAGUCCAAUCGCAGUUCCAGGGUCGCCAAAUGCAGUCCAACGUGACCAGUUUGAUCUCAAACCAAAUCCGCAAAGCGAUCCGACGGAAACAUACCUUGCCAAAUUAUAAGCUAAGAUACAAACCGUUCUUCAACCGCGUUGAAGAAGACUAUGAUCUCAAUGAAAUCACACCCAAUGGAUCUUUGGAAGUAAUUGUGGAGGAAAUAUCACGUUUGAACGCCCCCACAAAACUGUCUCACGUGUAUUGCACGGUUACGUUAGCACACAUACCUUGGGUAAUAGCAAGGCAACAAGACGACAACAACAUGAUCGUGUCAUUAGACUUGGAAAUCCAUAAGGCCAAAAACCAGCAAAUCGGAAUAGUAUUCAAGCAAACUGACCAGCUGGUCAUCAUUGAAGCCGUCAUUCCAAAUACGCCCGCAUCGAAGGCCGAACUGAAGCGAGGAGAUGUCCUGCUCUCAAUCCAGGGCAAACGCGUUACCACCAUCAAUCAGGUAGCCAAAAUUAUCAAGGCCCUCAACAGACCUAUGUUUAUUCUAAGAAUUGAACGAAUCGUUCCUGGUACUAUUAAAAAUGACGGCCUUCUCGACGAUUUCGAAGACUUCGAAGAAAUCGAUCCUAAUCUGAACAUUACAUUCACGAAAAAUGUAGAAUCGGUUCAGAUUACCACCGGCGGGAAAGAGAAGCCAAAACUAUCGCGCAAAAACUCCAAAGACAGCGGAGGAGAGUCCAGUCAAUCCAAUACGCCGGGAACGACCCCCGUCAAGCGGGCUGAGGCCUCCAAGGAGACGAAAAAAGAGGAAGCAUCGCCCGUCAAACGGCAGAACGAAACCACUGGGCUGGGUGAUGGUUUUCCUCAGCACUCGUCCAUGGAUUGUGCAUUCAACUCGUACAUUCGGAUGGGCGACUUGUGCAGCUUCCAGCUGAUGGAGAACUUUUCCUACUUGAACGUAAAUGUUUUCGGGAAAAGCAGCGACGAACACCGAUUGUUAGGUUACUUGAAUAUCCCUGUGAACAGUAUUCUGAUAGAGUGUAACGAAUCUCUCUUGGGCCAUCAUCUGAAGAAGUAUCCGCUGCUGCCACCGGAAGCAGUUGAUGUAUCCAAUCAUCCCCUCUCUAUGCAGUCUGGAUUUGAUCAGAACUAUUGCUACGGCGACGUUCUGCUUUCGUUUGUCUGGAGUGGGUCGUCCGUCAGCAGUCCGGUGUCAAUGAAAAGCAGUACGGAAAAUAUCAAAAAGUUCAAGCUUAUUACCAUCAGCAAAGGAUCAGCCGAUAAGGCCGACGAGGAUAAAACCGAUGGCAGUACAGAAUCCAAACCUCCACCAUCUACUGGGCAAUCACUGCAGCCCCAUGACUUCAUUCGUACACAUUUCCAUCGGACCACCCAGUGCGACUAUUGUGGAAAGAAAAUUUGGCUCAAAGACGCCGUCCAGUGCCGGGACUGUGCCAUGUGCUGCCACAAGAAGUGUAUUAGCAAGUGUCAGAGUUCAACGGUAUGCACGGCCAGCGAAGCUGCACAACCCGCGUCUACUCCAGGACCGGAAUUCCGCGUCACGGAAGCCGAGUCUCCCACCAUUGAAGUGGACGACUUCGUCGACAUAGUCGAAGAGCAACAACAGGCAAAGUCCCGCCUGGAGUCCCACCGCCAGAGUUUUAGUGAUCUGCUAGCGCAAGGACUGAAACGUGUCAACUCGGCGAACAAUCUAUCGAUACCGAUGGUAUCCUCGCUGAACCAAAGCAGCAAGAGCUUGCCUCCCACGCCACAGCACACUCCUCGCAAACAAUCCUUGGCGAACGUAAAUGCCAACCCGUUUGCAAUAGUUGCACAGAAACUGGAAGGCCUUCCGGAAGACAUCAAGGAGCUGCAAAUGGAUCAGAUAGUGGACCUGACGGCACCGCUCAUCGAGUACGGUUCGUCGGACACGUUGAUGGCGCUGGCCAAGAGCACCAGCAAGUCCAUCUACGCCGACUUGGAACCGGACGAGCGGACCGAACGGAUCAACAAACUGCUUUCCAAGCUGCAUAUAGCAUUGGAUUGCGAAACGCUCAAUCAGUCGUCCCUGAGCGCAGGCAAGGACGGAACUGUAAAAGAUGACGGCAAACCGAAGACCAACACCACCCAGCAAGUGGACGCCACCCGGUCGGCAUUUCUGGCCGGACAAUCCGAAGAGCGGGUCCAGGCGCUAAGUGUGAUCAUGCUGCACCUGUGCUCCGGACUGCAGCACGCCCAGGGUAAUCUGAACCAAUGAGAAUAGCGAUUGCUUCGCCAACUCUCGCUAGGAUCUCUGCUAGAACCAUCCGCGCUAAUCGGGCUUUUGCCGGAGGAGGAGGGUUCAUCAACGGGAGAGUACGAAGCAGACGAACUACAACGAUUCGGGAGGAGCCCCUCGCCUGGCGGUAGUAGUAAUGGAGGCGGCCGGAAAAGUCCAUUCCGCUCCAGGCGGCUCACCUCGUGCCGCAAGCGGGCCCUUGGGCUUUUCCAGCGGUCCGCUAGUGUUAGUAGUGCUAGUAGCGCCAGUAGCAGCAAGAACAAUCGGUGGCUUACCCCUACCUACAGGGACACUUGAAUCGACGGAAGAUGAUUACAUUGCAUCACAUUUGAUUCAUGGGGACUUGCUUCGAGUAAAUUUCGCUGGAACCAGGCUGACGUUUUCAAAAACAAUGAUUGGAAACCCUAAUUGUUUAUUCAGAAUAUCUACACUGAAGCUUCCUAGGGUUCAGUCAAACAUUUCUUCCUAGGACAAUCGCGGAGAGUACCACAAGUUUGGUCUCC